CAGAUGGCGCUCGUGAAGGCGCGCGAGGCGCUCGGUCCGCGCCGCCGGUAAACAUUGUGAAAUCUGUCUGUCUGCGGGGUCAAGUAGAAAUGGAAGUAAUGGACAGUCCUCUGAAUCGUGCCCAUCAUUUCGGCCGAAAGGCAGAUCAGUUGGUGGCAAAGGAAAAAUUUGAAGAGGCGAUUUUGUGCCAUAGUAAAGCAGCAGAGCUGUUGAAAGAGGCUUUGUCAGUGACACAGAGUGAACAGGUACGGCUGUCUUUAGAGCUGCAGAGAGACGGACAUCUCCAACAGCAGCGACUGAUCAAGAUGAGCUGCAAACAGACUAAACUCAAAGGAAAGCUCAUGGUCAGCCCUUCAAAACACACUUCAGCCCUGAUAACACAGUGUACCGGUCCAACAGCCCUCCAAAGUCCUCCACUUGGCUGGAAGGCUGCCAAAGACGACAAGACUCGGCUGGAAGAGCAGAGCACUGCCAUCGCUGACCUGUGGAAGCUUGUUGCGGUUCUGCUGCUGGAGAACAAGCGGUUGCUGGAGGAGCAUGAGAAACUGAAGGCAGAGAAUACUAGUCUGAAGAGAGACCUGUAUGAGGAGCAUCGGAGCCCUCCGGCUUCUCUGGAUCAGCCUCCGCCGCUGCGCAUGAGGCUCCUGCACGUGCCUCCUGACCUCCAGCAGGAGAUCCAGCUGCUGUUGCAGACGGCAAAUGACAGCUAGACCUGCAUCCACCUACAGCACCGCUCAAAAGAUCGGAAUAAUUAAGAUUUUUUGUUUUGUCUAUUGUCUCGUACGCUCACCAAGGCUGCAUUUAUUUGAUUAAAGGUAUAGUACAACAGUAAAAGGGAUAUAUUAUUACUAUUUAAAAUAACUUUUUUAUAUUAAUGUAUUUUAAAAUGUAAUUCAUUCCUGUGAUGGUAAAGCUCAACUUGGAUGGUGUCUAGGCUUCCACAAAUAUUAAGCAAUGUUUUUCAAGAUUAAUAAUAAUAAGAAGAAAUGUUUCUUGAGCACAGAAUAAUCAUAUUAGAAUGAUUUCUGAAGGAUCACGUGACACUGAAGACUGGAGUAAUGAUGCUGAAAAUGCAGCUUUGCAUCACAAAAAUAUGGUCAAUUUUAAAAUAGAUUCAAAUACAAAACACAAUAUUACUGCUGUUUUUUUUAGUCAAAUAAACGCCGCCUUGAAGAAACUUCUUUCAAAAUCUUAAUUAUUCCAACUUUUGACUUUACUGUGUGUACUGUAGAUUCGACUGUCUAUAUUGAAAGUACCCAAUUUAUUUAAAUUUUAAAUACAUGUUCCUAGUCUUACUAAACAUGCAUUAAUAACAAUAAAUUAAUAAAUCAGGAAAAACGUUUUCUUGUUCAACACACCCGAUUCACUCCAAAAUACAUCAUCACAGAAGUAAAAUGUGGUACUAGCAGGUGAUAGUUUGUUUGAAAACUACAUUUAUACUUUAUGAAAGUGUUUGUGUAAAUAAGGGGAAUCAAGUGAAAUACACUUUUGGAUGUUUUUUUUUUUUUUUUUUUUUUACAUGAGCAAUGGGAAAUACAGUCUCAUUAACAAAGUUGUUAAAUUCAGGUUUGUUUUCACCCACAGAACACUGAUAACUUUUGCAUCGUUUCUGUUAAAGCUUGAAGCUGGUUACAAUUCACUGCUAUUAUAUAGACAAUAUACAGGCAAUUUUCUAUUAAUUUCUCCUUUUGUGGUCUGA